UCAAGUUAAAUAUUAUAUUUUUAAGAUACAAAAUUUAAUUUAAUCGUAAAGUUGGAGUGUGUGUGACUGUGUCUCUGGGACUAAACUGAGAUGAAUACCAAAAUUUUGUGUCUUAUUGUUUUAUUUGUGUCUUUAACUAAGGCAGAUGAAGACGAGGAACCAAAUCUGAAAAUGGACGAUAUGAUCGAUACGUUGGAACCUUUUACUUCUAAUUGUGAACCUAAACCUAAAAAAGAACACAUAAAGGAAAUGUUACUAAGGAAAAAAAAUCGACAGCGGGAGACGAAAUGUUUGCUUUACUGUUUAAUGAAAGGAUUUGAUAUGAUGAAUGAAAGUGAAACUGAAAUAUUGGUCGAUAACACUGUAGAAGUUUAUAACCUUGAUAAGCAAAUGGCUGAUAAUGAAGUAAAGGAAUUCGCUGAAAUAUGUGCAGAAAAGGCCCAAAAACAUACCGAUAAGUGUGAGUUGGCACAUCUUUUCGAUCUGUGCUUAAUAGAGAAUAUUGAGAAACGUGGUUUCAAAGUUCCAGUAGCCGAGGAGUAAAUGCAAAUUUUUAAUUCUAUGAAAGUAUCAAUUUUCAGUACAAACAAUAACUUGAUGAUAUAUAAAUUAAAGUACUAGUGACUUUUUAAUUAGUAUUACAACUUAUUUGUUUCUUAUCGACAACACAAGAAAGAUAUUAUUCAAAAUGCUCCUUAAUAAACUUAAUAAAAA